AUGGCGCCGAUAAACACACAGGGCUACUGGGGCGACGUGACAUCGUCGAUGGACUGGUGCGAGGGCAACUACGAGUGGACGCCGUACAUCGCCGAAUUCUUCAACUCGUGGUCAUCCCUCGCCAUGGUGUUUCUUGGCGAGGCCUGCGCGCACAUGAAUCCGACGGGCCACCGGGGGUUCACACUGCUGGGGCGCUCAAUCACGGCCGUCGGCAUUGGCAGCCUGCUGUUCCACGCAACGCUCAAGUACCCGAUGCAGAUGCUCGACGAGCUACCCAUGCUCUGGUCUGUCGCCAUCGCGCUGUACCUGGCGAUUACAACACAGUUCCAGGUCAAUCACCGCCGGCUCCUCUGGGCGCUGUCCCUCUGGACGCUGUUUGUGUCGGGUCUGACUGCACUGUCCAGCGGGCGCCUGCAGUUCCUUUUGUUCCAGGCCAGCUUCAAUCUGUUCACGUAUAUAGUCGCGUACAUGGCGUAUCGCGCCAAGAAGGAUCUGGAGGUGGCCGGUAUGAUGGGCGUUGCACGGCUGUUCAGGGACGGUAUAAAGUGGUAUCUGGUUGCUGGCAUUGUGUGGCUCACAGACACAAAUUUCUGCCCGUACGUGGACGGCCGCAGCGACAUGUCGCUAUUGCCGCUGAAUCUGCAGCUGCACGCAUGGUGGCAUGCUUUGGUGUCUCUAGGCCUGAUCUACCUCGUAGCCAUGUUCAUGGCGCACUACUGUCUUGUCAACCACAUCACAUUCAACUACCGUCUGGUCAGCGGCGUAUUCCCAUACAUUUACCGGCCACAGAGUGGUGCAAAGCAUAACUAG